UUACAGGAAGAAAAGCGUUCGAAUUUCGUUUGUUUGGGGUUUUUUGUGCGGUUUUAACGCAUUUUGUCCAUUAAAGACAAGACCAGCCGUGAAGUUGUAGGAGCUUACAUUGCUGGAAUGUUACAAGAUUGACAAAAAUAUUGUCUUCAUUCGCCUAAAAUCUUUCUAUGUUUCGGAGAGAACUUAUAUCGAUCCUGUCACCAUAUUGACCCAAUAUGUGUAUUGUUUCUCGGAUACUUGAACAUUAUUUGUAUUUCACGUACUAUAACCAUGUUUUAAAUACUGUUAAAUACAUUUUAAAAUAUACGUAUUUUACCUAUAUAUGUAUAUAUAUAUCCCCAACUUUCCAGAAACUGCGCAUGCGCUGAUUUUUUUUUGUUUACUCCCGUUGUCAUAGCUACCGGAGUAGCGGCUCAACAUGGCGGCUAAAGGAACAACAGUAAAAGAUGCACUGGCCAAAUGGGAGGAGAAGACCGGGGAGAAGUGCGCUGAGGCCACGGUGGUCAAGUUGUACAAUCAGAUCCCCCCCAUCGAGAAGCUGGACAACACUCUCAACAAAAUACCCAAAUGCGAAAAGCUGUGUUUGUCCACCAACUGCAUCGACAAAAUCACCAACCUGGGAGAACUGAAAAACCUGAGAGUUUUGUCAUUAGGGAGAAAUAACAUCAAGGCCUUCACCGGCCUGGAUGCAGUUGGAGGCACGUUGGAAGAGUUGUGGAUCUCCUACAACCUCAUCGAGAAGAUGAAGGGAGUUCACCUGAUGAAGAAACUUCGCGUUCUCUACAUGUCCAACAACCUGGUGAAAGAUUGGGGAGAGUUUUCCAAGCUGGCUGACCUGCCAUGUCUGGUAGACCUGUUGUUUGUGGGGAACCCUCUGGAAGAGAAGAACACCGCUGAAGGGACGUGGGUCGACGAAGCUACCAAAAGGUUACCCGGUCUGAAAAAACUGGAUGGCACUCCGGUCAUCAAACAAGUCGGGGAUGAAGACGAAGACGGCUGAGAGGCUUUAAGACUGCAAUGCAGCAGAACUACCAACCUUUAAAUCCACGCAAGAUUAAAUACUGUAUCCACUUAGUAUCGGACUGAUACCAACGCCUGCUGCUGUUUGUGAGACUAGAACCACCUUCCAGAAUGAUAUUUUAAAAAAGAAAAAAUGUUGAUUUGACAUUGAAAUUUGGUCAUUGUCUAAGCAAUAUUCUACAACACAAAUACAACAUUGAAACAACAUGCUUUUAUGUAACUUAGGGUCAACAUUUUGUUCCACCUCAAUCAUAGUUUACUGCGACAAUUAUCACGAAUACAUUAGUUAAUGAGCCAGAAUACACUUACCAGACUGAGGGUAGCUUAAUGGUUAAGACUGCUACAUUUUGCUCAGUAAAGUUCAAUAGAGGUGGAACAAAAGACUGUUAAAAUCUUGUCACGACAAGAAUCAGGAUAGCUCAAUGGUUAAGUCUGCUGCCUCUCACGCAGUACUAAUGCAUAAAAAAGCCUUUUUCAGAUAUGUGCAUACAAGCUAUAGCUAUUUGGCUGUUCUAGUUUUUAUUUGUAUUUAUUUCUUUAUUAUCUUUUUUAUUUAUUUGAUUUUUUUGUUAAUACACUUUAGCACUUUGAGAUUGUUUACUCAAUAUAAAGUGCUUUUUUACAAAAAAUAUCUAUUAUUAUUAAUGGGUUCAAAUCCAUAACUUGGAAGAUUUUGUUUUUUGUUUCGCCUCGAUCAUAGUUGACUGUUUACAUUUGUAUAUGAGCGAAAACCAAAACUUAACGGGACCCAGGAUAGCUCAAUUUGAACAUUACAUGGGAGAGGUGACACAGUCACAAUAUAUGUCACCUUGAAGGCUCCAGACAGUUUUGUAAAUUACACGUCAACACAACCGGGAUUCAAACCCAGCACCCUUCAAUCUGAGUCAACAGUCUUAACCACUGGGCCACCCUGGGUCUUGUGGAAAGAAAAAAAUGUUUCAUACACAAAGGUAAUCGAGGACUCCUUGCUCAGUAAAGUAUGAUGAGGUAGAACAAAAUACCAUCAACCAGCGUGGGGUUUGAACCCAGUACCUCUCAUUCCGAGUCAGCAGUCUUAACCACUGAGCUAUACUUGGUGUUGUGAGGAGUAGAUUUCUUUCCAUACACAAAUGUUAUCUACGACCGCUGGCUCACUAAGUAUGAUUUAGUAAGACAGGUUCUCAAUUAAAUAUGUCAUUGGGGCCCGAAAUCUCACCUCAAGAAGACCAAGGAUAGCUGAGUGGUUAAAGCAGCUGGCUCCCAAUCAAAGGGUUCUGGGUUCAAAUCCCAGUCAGGUGGAUGGGCUUGCCAAGCCAAAGUAUGCAGGAGUGGGGACAAUGUGGGGGUGUAUCACCUCACCCACACAGAGUAAAGCUAAGUGGUAGCUGGUUCAUUAACUUCUAGUUAAAAAGGUAAGUAUGGGUAAUAAUAAUAGCAAAAGUCCAGGGUAACCUCGGGGGUUAGCUCCUCCUGUGUGCCCAGGCUAAAGUUGCUAAGUGGACCAGCAGUCAUUCCUAGGCUGGGAUGGGCGGGACUAGGAAGAUGUAUAAUUAAUCAUUGUGAGUGUCGACCAAUCAGCUCUCCUGCUCUGACUAAUUGCAAUUAAACAUGAAACAAUUCUAAUUGGAUAAUAAAUCAACCAAAUAGAAAAAACAUCAUUGGGGAAAAAAUGGAGUAAAUAAAACUAGUGGAAUAAUUUAAUUUAAUUCAAAGAUAAUUGUAUUGAUCAUUAAUUAUUAUGAUCAUUAAUUAUACCAUUUUUGUUUUUUAUUAUCUAAACUUUUUUUAAUCUCAAUUGCAAUUAGACAUGUUUUUAUUCAUCUUAUUUUUUAUUAUCCAAUUAUU